AUGGCUACAAGGCUUAUUUUGUCUUUGCUUUUUGCACUUGUUCUUGUCACAGAUGCUAGGAAGCUAGCAAUGAGCAAGAUGGGUGCACUUCAUGGGGAAAAGACAUCCAACUCUGAUUAUCUCCCUGGUUAUGACUUUGGAUCUGGAUCUGGUUUUGGUGGUGGAGCUGGUUUUGGUGGUGGAGCUGGAAAGGGAAGUGGAUUUGGGUCUGGAGGUGGAGGUGGAGGUGGAGGUGGAGGUGGAGGUGGCGGGGGCGGUGGGGGCGGUGAUUCUCAAGGUGGUGGGAAAGGUGGUGGUUACGGUGGUGGGUUUGGAGGUGGGUUUGGAGGUGCACGGCCUUGA